AUGGUAUUAGAAGGAUCUCCAAACGCGGAGACGUCUUCUUACAUAUAUCUUGGACGUUCUAUGAACAUGGAGAACAACAGGCCCCUUAAGGAAGCCACAGACCAACUGACGGACCCAGAGCUCCGAGAUCACCUGCUCGAUUCAACCGUUCUUCCUACCUCUAUUACGGGGCAGAGACGAGGACACCGUGGCACGUCGGAGGCUCUCCGAACAACCUACGGAGAGUGA